AUGGAAUACAAACAAUCUUCUAAAAUGUCUCCAAGGAAGUAUGUCACCUUUGAAAUGGUUGAGCGUAACUGCAAGUUGAGAACUCUUGAACUGCUUAUUUUGAAGAAUGACAAUAAAAUUGCGGAGUGUGCUAUCCUCGCUGAUUUCAUGAAGGACAUUCAUGAGAACUGGAGAGACGGAUUCAAAGACGAUCAGGAGGAAAUCGUCAAAUUAAAGGAAAAGAAAAAAUAUGAAAAGACAAGAACCAAGAAAUAUAAAAAUCAAUGCAAGCAGGCCAGAAAGGAAAUUCGAAAAGCACAAACUGAACUUGUGACUGUUGACGAGAUGGUAACUAAGCUAAAUUAUCAAGUCAAACUUAAGGAGUAUAACAGAAUCAAGAGAAUUAAUGAAAGAAACAAAGCCGAACCAGAUAAGGAAUUCAAAAGAGAGCUGACUAAAAUCUAUCAGAGAUGCAUCAAAGUGCGAGGAAAUGCUUUAUUCUAUGAAAAUGACUAGUUCUUAAUAAACUAUUGACUAUAG